AUGGGAACUCGAGAAGAAUCAACGGUUGAGAUCGAUCAACACGCAGAUUCAGGCACUACAACUAGCACCAUGUCGCUUCCAGGGCUUGUUGUUUCAGUCAGGAGCAGCACUCGAAGCAGCGGGACAGAACCAACAGCACAAGGCGCUGUAUCGGACGUGACUUUAUCGAGAACUGUGCCUGUAUCAGAUAAGAUCACAGCAGAGGGAGCAGGAGAAGUGCUAGCGAGAAGGAGGCAGCUAGCAGGGUUUGAGACGUACGAUAUUCGGCGAGUGCGAGAAUGGGUGGUUGCACAAAAUAACGUCAGAAAGCUAUACUCUGGAAAUGCAGAUAAGAAAAGUUCCUCCUCCUCGUCCUCCUCUCCGCUCCCCCCUCUCCUGUGGGACCCAGCUUUAGCCCGCUUUGCCCAAGCACACGCGGAUUCAGUAGGUGCCAACGCGCAAUGCCGCCCGGAAGCCAACGAGGCGGCGGGGGAGGCGGGUCUGGGGGAGGUGUAUCUAUGGGCUGCGGUGGAGAAGGGGGAGGCGUUAUUCACGGCCGCAGAGGCGGUUGACGCAUGGGCGGAGCAGGUGAGAUGA